UUCGCUUCACUAAUCACAAUCACUACCAAUCUACCAUACUGCUUUCUUCUCAAGGUGGUGAACAAAGAAAGUAUUAUAAAGAGAACAAGAAAUGGAAGCUAGAAAUUUAUUUAAAUCAGUUCGAUGUAUGUUUGGAGAUGAAGUUCUCAGAAAUGGGUUAUCAACAAUUACAGCAGAACACUUAAACAAAUCUAUGAAAUUAAUAAAGCCACAAUCUAGCCUUGUAGAUGUCAGUAUUUCUAACAAAAUUCAGAAGAAGAGUAAAAAGGAAUCAGUCAUUAACACAAUGAAAAAACUUGCAAAGGGGAGUUUAGGAGCGAAGAUAUUACAAGGAGGGCUGCAUAAAGUAUUCAAGCGGAUAUUCAAUGUAAGUGAAGGCGAACAGCUUUUAAAGGCUUCAACAUGUUCAUUGUUCACCACAGCAGGACCCAUUACAGGACGCCUUUUCGUGUCCUCUAAAAACCUUGCGUUUUGCAGUGACAAAGCUAUAGCUACGUAUACUUCUCCAUCAGGGGAAGUAUUAAGAUACCAUUAUAAGGUUGUGAUCCCUCUAAGGAAGAUCAAGAAAGCAAACCCAAUUGAAAAUGCUGAUAAGCCUUCUAAGAAGUACCUUCAAGUAGUCACUACUGAUGAUUUUGAAUUCUGGUUCACGGGGUUUCUUAAUUACAAGCGAACUGUCAAGUGCUUAUAUCAAGCACUCUCCUAUGAAGCUUAAUUAAUUAGAUGAAAUCAAGUGGUAGUUGUGAGAGGAAAUUACUUGUUUCCUACAGGAUUAGGCCUUGUAUAUAGACACAGAUAUUCACCACAAAUUCUGAUAUUUGAUUGCCUUUUGUAUUAGCAUCAAUGUUAAUGACAAAUUGAUAAUGACUUACAUUGGCGAUGAAUUAAUGAACGAGGAUACUUCAUUGUAAAUAUAACAUGUAUACUUUAAGUUUUGAGCUAGCUAUAUUAUGUGUUAGUGUUAAAUGGUGACUUGAAUUCACCAAAUCAAUUCUAUGCAUUAGUGAGUGCAUAGAGAGGAAUUUCAUGAAUGAAUUAAAUGGGUGAGUUAAGUAUGUAACUUAAUGGUGUGUUGAUGGCGGCACUUAAACAUGCAUAUUAUGAUGGUAAUAAAGGUAUGAUGAAUGAUACUUAAUAAGAAGACUAUAGGGUGAACAAAAGAUUCUUGUACGAGGCAUCUAAGUAAUGAAGCAUUGCCUUGAUUGAGCAUUGGAUUC